UUUUUUUUCUUCUUCUAUUACUUCUUUUUUUCUAACUGUUUCUUGCUCAGAAAGAACAACCUCUAUUGCACCGGAACAGGUUCCAUAACAUUCUUUUCUUUCCUCUACAGCUUAAUUUGAUUACAGUUUGUUUUCUCUAUUUCUUAUCACUUCUUUUUAUUCGAAACAUUUCUUUUACAUUCUUACAAAUAACCUAGCUUUCUAUUCAAAAAAACAAAAGAAAAGACUGUAUUCAUAUCGUUUAAAUCAAAUUACAAUUCAAAAGAGGAAAGACUUUUCAAGACAAAGACAUUAUGGAAUCAAACCCAAUGGUUCAAGAUGAAGCUCCCAUGGCAGUAUUGCCUUUAAAUCCUAGCGCCAAGUUAGAUCAAGAACCUAAUCCUUUUGAGAAAAGUUUCUCAGGAGCAUCCGUCGAAGAAACGUCAAAAGAUAAACUCAAGCUGCCCCCUGUUGCUGCUAUUACUAGUCCUUCGCAGGCUUUAAUAGUCAACAAUAACGAUCAUAACAACAGCAAUAGUCAACCACAACCACAGACCAACGUUAUUGGUGGAGGUGUGUUACCAAAAGAAAUUUCAAAUCAGUUCACUUGGGAAACACUUCGUACAGGACCAUUAUCCCCUUCCAUGUUACAAGGUCCUGCAAAUCCUGAUGAAUACUAUUCUACUGCUACUACGACAAACGGGCAAUUAGCACCACCUAAUAUUUAUUCUAGUCGAUCUUCAUUCACCUCUACUGCCAAUCCUAUUAAAAUGGAGGCACCUCAGCCAAUUUAUAUGAAUACUACGCAAUACCAUCAAUAUCAGCCGAAUCCAUACCCACAUGCACACUUGCAACAACAACAACAACAAUUGCAAGAGCAAUCCAUACCGCGCAUGAGACAGUCUUCUACAAAUAGUCAAAUGAGUACUAAUACAACCACAUCCAAUAGUAGAAAACGGUCAUUUUCUCAUCAGGAAGAUGAUGGUCACUCAAUAGACAGUAACGAAUCGAAUAAUCAACCACAGAAUAAAUCAAGAAGAAGAUCUUCUGCAGUAACCAACAACUCUGAAGAAGAUCAGGAUAAGAAUAGCAACAGUAGUAGUAAUGGCGGUGGUGGUGGCGGUAGAAAGAAAUCAAAGUCGACUGGUAAAUCAACUGAAGACGAUGAAAAGCGAAGAAACUUUUUAGAAAGAAACAGAAUAGCCGCUCUAAAGUGCCGUCAGAGGAAGAAGCAAUGGUUGAAUAAUCUUCAAGCAAAGGUCGAGUUUCUUACAAGUGAUAACGAAAGACUUCAAAUACAAUCAGAAUCCUUGAAAGAAGAGAUCGUCAACUUAAAAACGUUACUGUUAGCUCAUAAGGACUGCCCUAUUGCACAGGCCAACGGUUUCCAUCCUAAUUCUAUACAAAAAGCCAUGCCUUCUAUGUUAUCAACGCAACAAAUGAUGCGACAAGGUAUACCUCCUCCUCCUAUGCCUCCUUCUUCUACUGCACCCAAUAGCAGCACAUUGGGAAUGAUCCCUGCUCCACCUACUUCUUUUCUGAAUAACCGUACAUCCACCACUAACACCGCAACCACAGCAAAUACUUCUGCAUCUGCCCCACCGCCGCCGCCUGUUUCAACCACCACAUCCAAUAUCCCGAAUUCUAUUCCUCAAUAUCAGCGAGCAACGACGACUAUGGGAAUCCCUGUUCCACCGCAGCAAACAAGUCAUCAACAACAAAGCAUGGUUGCUGGCGGUUCAUCAAAUGUGUUAAGAUUUUAAAUGAUCUACCCUCAACGUCCAUUCUAUUCCUUAUUUUUGCCCUUCCCCCCCCCCCCCC